CUAACUUCUAGAUCUGAUGCUAUUCUAACCCCCGCCCAGCAACCAGAAACACAAGAUGUGGCUUUCGCAUCCGCAGCAACCACUUGUCCUCGCGGUCCACGAGGGUGUCAUCGCGGUUUACUCCACAACCGCCGGGCUCGAGCUGACUCGCAUCGAUGUCGGCCCGGAGGUGGUGCGCGCGGCCUGGCACCCCCGGUUGCCGGCGUUUUUGGUGGUGACCACGGGGAGCUUUUCGCUCUACGUCGCGGUUCUUCUUGCCGCUGGGAGUGAGGAUGGAAGUGGUCGUGAUGUUGUCGGCAGAAACCGCAAUCAUGACAACGAAGAGGACUACGAAGAAGACUGCUCUCACGAAACAAGCCUGAUAAUCAAUCCUCCGCUACAUUUCGUCCUGCAGCAGAACGUGCCUCACGGGCUGUUGCGCGACCGAAUUCUGAACGCGUUUUUCGGAGUGCAAAGCCGAGUUUGCCUGUUGCACACCGCAGGGACGGUGGUGCCGCAUUUGCAGGACAGCUUGGAAGCCGAGGAGGCACAGCUGGAUGGCAUUUAUUCUUCAAGUAGCGCUUUUAUUGCGCCAGGGUCUUUCGAACAAAAAAGCACAGCAGCCUCUUCGUCUUCCAGCACCAGAGACACAAUUUUCUGCAGCUUUUGGGACGUGCACAUCACUUACAUGCCCGGCGGAGGUGCUGGAGGUGGUUAUGGCUAUGGGGCAUUAGGGAGUGAUGGUGGGGUGUGUUCUCCGCUUCUUUCCUUCCUCCUCCAAGUCGCGACCGAAGGUAGCAAAGUGCCUUUUAUGCCGAAUAGUGUUGGGAUUAGCACAGGAGCGGAGAAUGAGGAACAGCUAGACGACACUAAGAAUGUUUCUUCGGCCACCACGGGUCCUGAACAAAACUUCGGUCGUCGAUUUUACAAAACACAGUUUUCCGUUGCCGAAAUUUGGCAGGACGUCUUCACGAAUGCGGAGGUUUGUGCGGACGUGGUGGCCGAGGCGGCAGUGCGCAGAAAAGCCCGAGAGGAAAAGGACUACUACAGUAUUCAAUACUACAGGACUCGAAAAAUGGCAAUGACCCAGAAGAUGAACAAAGCUGUUCCUACAGGAAGGUCUUCUGCAUCGGCAGCAGAGGACCCCGACGCGCUCGAAAGCAAGAUAGCAACCGACACCCUGGAUGCCUGGGAUGCGCAUGUGGAAUGUCUGCGAGGACUACAUAGGAAACCACACCACGGCGACGAGACUACAUAUGAUGCUGCUACUCGUUCCUCAUCACAGCCAAGCUUUUUGUCGGCCGCAACAAAAGCAAAAUCCCCCGGUUGUUCUGGUGUCGUUCCAGAGACAUCACCAAGACUCCCUCUAGAUUUCGGCAGCGAGGCUUACUACGCAAGGCUUCUGGAAUCAAGUCCGGACGUCAGGUUCUUUGUCACGAGGAAGCGGGAAAAAACACUCAAGGAGCAGUACGCCAGUCGCGGUCAAGUCAGUCCCUGCGAGCGGUUCCUGGCGUCUUUUGCCGAAAGGCGCGUGCGUGUUUUCUGUUCUGGCGUUCUUGACGGACUACACGACGGAGCAGACGUUGACUUGAUGGGUACACAAGAGAACGCUUUUACCGGACUCGAACAACAUCUCCCGAACAGAGGAACUGUAGGUCGUGCACGACCAGGGGCGGACGAGAACAGAGACGGAGCAGUUCUGUUCGAGACACCUCCUUCGCGAACGCAAAAGACGAGGGGAGUGUUGCCUUCCUUACGCCAAACGCUUUGGCAGGGGCCGCGUACCAGCCGUCCUCAGAGAACUUCUGCGAUGCGCAGAUUGGACGAGAUGAACGGGGACUUGGGCUGUAGGAGUUCGAGUUCCAAAAAAGAAAGCGUUAGUAGAAGUGGCGGCCGCGAUCAUUUGAUUUCCAGCAACGCUAGUGUAGUCCUAUUCAACACCGACACCCCGUUGGUUGAGCGCGACUUUUCAGCCGCGACAAGCUCCCGCAAAGUGAGCUCUUCCUACUGCACGCUCGCUUUCCCUGACCGGGUGAGGUCGGUUUGUUGGGUUCUCGAGAACAAUUGUGCUGCUACAUCUCCUUCUACACCGCGAGCGGCGUUUCUGGUGCUCGAGGCGUCUGGACGGGUAUCCAUUUGGCGGGAAGCGUGUCGGGGGCAGCCAGUCGGGUUCCGAAUGGUGUCCCGAAUCGAUGUUGGGAUGAACCUAAACGUCUCCGCCGCGCGCAGUACUGCACAAGAUGCUGAGGCAGAUGGAAGGAACGAACUUUUCCACGUGCAGCCAGUCUUUCCUUUGGCUGCCGGCGGGAUAAGGGACCAGGCCCAGCAGAUAGCUUCACCUCUGGAAAGUGUAGUGGAGAACAGAAUAUUUGAACUUCUGCAGGAAAGCAGUCGAGGCGCUUCAACCAGUAGAGCCGCGCGACUGCUACCGACGGGAUCCAAUACUUUCCCGCUACAAAGUCACGGACAUUAUUGCGGCGACAAAAGAGUAGGCGAGGACUUUGGUGGUCAACAUCUCGAUGAGUUGACGCCAGAUGUUUCAAACGUGAGCAUCGCAACAUCUUCUUCGGGGGGCACUGCAUCUACCGGCGAUUCCUCCUUUCCGUUCGUCGCUCUGACCACCCAGGGUUUGGUGCUGUGCAACGCGCCGCUGGAACAGGGGCAGCUGCACACGUGCAUGUCAGCUCCGCUGGUCGCACUUCUCGAAAACACGGCACACUUUCACGCCUGGUACUGUUUCAGUGCUGUUGAAGUCGUGCAGGAUGAAACCGCCACACAGACGUCGGCAACGCUGCAAAGGCAAGCAGACGCGAAAUUAUACGCCGGUACCAGAAUUACAACAACAUCAAAACUCUUUCACUUCACCGCCCUCACUGCACACGGUGACCUGGUCCGGUUCGGUAGCGACGGAAGAAAACUGUGGGGCCGGGACGUACGGGCGAAAAGAAAUUUGAAGUUUUUGGAAGCAGGAAACAACGCGAGCGUGGAUGCUUGGGGUGGAUCAUCUUUGGCAGCUGCUGUUAGCUCGUCCACUGCAGCGGAUAUUAGCGCAGCGUCUGGCGCAAAACAUCAAACAUUAUCGGCCACGCGAGGAUCUCCAACGAGGAAAAAAGACCGGGCGUUCUUCGAUGAGGCCCGACCGAGGUUGUUGGAGGAGGUCUUUUUGAAGACGCAACAAGGUUCUUGCGCGGUACCUCUACCUGCUUCGAAAGUAGUCUCCCAGCUCCUGAUGCAUCCGACUGUCGGCUACGCGGCUACGUUGACAAGCGGCACAGUGCGCAUUUACCAGCCAUUUUCCUCAUCAUCAUCUUCUGCGCGUGCUUCUCACGGGACGAGCAGUGGCGUACCAGGAAAAGCUCCUGCAAAUACUGCAUCGUUAGCCACACCACCGGCAAAUGCAAACAGCGCACCGACAGUAGUAAGAUCCAAAAUUCUUUCCCACGGGGUGCUAGGCGGCGGUCACGACUCCAUUCGGUGUCUCGCCUGGGACACAACAAACACGAGGAAUUACCCGCCCCUGUUGCUCGGUGUGACCACGACCUCGGUGUUGGUAAGCGCCAGAAUCACGUCACUGGACCAAAUCGGAUUCAAACCUGUUCUGGUUCGCGGGGGAGGGGGCGGUAGUUUGAACACUUCUGCGCAAGUACCUGCCUCAACAACAACGUCAACAUUAUCGUCCUCUCAAAGUAGAACAGCUUCAAAAGCAACCACAAAAGACCAGUUGUCUUCAUCUCGUCGCGCACCUGCUGCUGCGCCUCUCGUCGGCAUGGUUACGAGGACUUCUUCAUCUUACAACCGUGAUGACGCAGGAGCCUCGACGUCCACAUCACAGCAAGGCGCGACUUCGCAGGUCAAGAAUGUUGAGGCCGUGGUGGUGAAGUUGUGCUUCACACUGGUGCUCUAUCACGACAAGACACUCGACGUCGGGCAGUUCUCGAUCAAAAAUCGCGAUGGGAUGUUCACGGUGUUCUGGCAGGCGAGGCACACACUGAGACUGAAUGUCAUGAACGCAGCGAAUUAUAGUGCGCUUUCAGUAUCGGGGCCGGGGGCGGCACCCGCACGACCCGCAGCGAUGUCGCAGCAACAAAUUUGCGUGCGGAAGAGACUGGACUUCAUGCCAGAUGCACUCGGUGCGGAAGUGCUUGUGGCUAACAAUUAUAGUGGCGAAAUUACAGGAGCGGGCGAAGCAGAGUCAGAACCUCCAAGGGAAACCGGUGCGGCUUUCCCGUCGAUUCAAACCGGCAACAUCCGAACUGGAGAGAUGGGAGUGCUCAAGGGACUCGGAUUUGCAAAAACCUCCACGCAUCGCGCUGUCAUCGCCGCGCAUAAAGACAAACUCAACGACCAACAACUUCGCCACCAGGGAGGACCAAAAAUCCUUGCCAUCGACCUUGUAGACGACUACCUCGGUGUGCUGUGGAGCUCCGCUGAGGUUGCAAUUUAUUUCUGCGGUAGCGUCACGGGAUCGGGACGAGACGCAACGGAAAACAGUGCAGCUGGUCUCGAUCACCAACAAAAAGUAUCUGGAGCAGCACAUCAGACGCGGUCAAACACGAAAAAUAACACUAAAAGAAAACCGCGGGAGAAGUCCUCCUCCUCGUUCCGGUUGCUUUGCAAAAUCGUUCUCAAAAACGUGCCCAACCUGCAGCGCGACAAGGCGGCUGACUCAACGACGACCUUCCGUGCCUGGAACGCGCAAGGGCCGGUGAAUGAUUUAGCCCAGGGGCUGUAUCAGCAAUCGAAUAACCUCACGAAGUCCAUUCUGGACCACGUAAAGCAACCACCGAAUCUACUGCAUGCCGCGACCGCGUCUGCCGGAAAUACGAGCAGGAGCUUCCACCGUGGUUCACAAGACGAGAAGACGCAAACUGAAACUUCACUCUUCGCAUCGUCAGGUGCAAGAACAGGAAAUGCAAAAAUCGAAGUAAAACUACAGGCGUCCGACUUCCUCACCUACGGUUUUUUCGAGUUCCAGCGCAACACCAGUACCGGCGACGGCCUGGUAGCGCUCGCCUUCGGUUUCGGCGACUCCGGUUUGUAUGGUCCGAACCUGUUCGCCAGAAGUCGAUCGCAGGUCGCCGGCGAAUCUUUUGUCACCGCCCAGGUCCUCUCGGUUGCCCCGACGACGGAGGCGGUGUGUUUUGGGCCAAGCAAUUCCGGCACUUUGCUCGUCAUGGACAACAGCGACCUGCGGUCUCCGCAAGUCUGCCUCCAGGUGAUACCGUUUCCGUCGGCCAUAGCGAACGCGCUGCACUCCUCGACGGCACUGAAUCUGUACCACCCGGACGCGCUUCACUUUUUGAUCACGCACGCCAACUUCUUUCCGGACAAAAUGGUCCACACGGUACUGCGAAAAUUGCGGGAGGGCUUGAAAACAGCGAACUGGGAGGUGCUGGCCGAUAUUGUUGUGGAUAACGAUAUCUACGAGGAACACGAGCAACUCGGUCACCGAGAUGAAAUAACUGGUACUCCGUCGCAAUUCGUAUCAGCGCCCGCGACUGUCGCGACGACCAGUGUGGUCACUGCUAAUCCCAAAGCCGACUGCGCAGAAGAUUUUUGGAACGAUCGCGACAGCGAUAGCGAUGCGGAUGAAAUGGAGAAGCUUACUGCUGCUUCUACCAAUCUCGAUGUUCUUACCUCUUCAGAACCUAAAACCGCGCGGCCUUCAGCUGGCGCAACAACUCCUAUUUCAACUGCAGUAGCUCCUGUGUCCUUCUGUUCCUCCACGUGGGACGCUGCUUCUUGGCGAUUACCCGAGGUGGAAUUGAAGGAAAUCGUGGAACUUUUACACCACAAGCGCAUUCCUUUUGUGGAUUCCGCGGAGCAAAGGGUGCUAAUCCAGAUGCUCAACAGCUUCACGUCAACGGGAGCAUCAAAACCAGCGAUAAUUCCCUCGAAUCCGCUUGCCUCGCUAAAGGUUGACUUUCCCGGGCAGAAGUUCCUUCGCGCUUGGUACUUUCACCGCGGAUUGAAUCAAGUUUAUUCCGCAGCGACAGGGACUUCUACGACUACUGGAACCUCCACUACAAGCAGUUCGACCAGCACGACCAGAGAAAACUACAGCGCUCUUUCCUCAUCGUCCUCCUUCCCAAUGCUGACAACUUGUGCUGCCGCCAGCCUGUCCACCGAAGACAUUGUGUGGGCGUUGCACAGCAAGGACCAAAGUGCGCUGUGUGAUUUGAUGCUUUUCGAACUGGAGAAACAAACGGAACAUGCUGCCAACAUAGCAAACCAGCCGACCACGUUCGCUCUGGAAGGGGAGGAGACGAAAAUUUCGGGGGAACAGAUUUGGAGAGCCUUCGAAUCCGUUUCCAAGCUCGGGUUUUGGCUGACCAACAAGACGCAAAUCACCCGCUGUCUGGAGGCGCUUCCGAAGAAAAUUCUGCAGCUGCAGAAAGACGUCCCCCUGCAGGACCGGAACCCGGAGGCGGUGGCCUUGUGGUACGCCGCGUUGGGGCGGCACAGCUUGCUGGCCGCCUUGUACAAAGCGUCGAAACAGGAGGCCAUUGCAGGCUUUAUCUCCCAACUGGCAGCGAAUGUAGGAGGUGGAGGGAGUUUGCGGAAGAACCAAGUACAACUUACAGGAACAAUGCAGGGAGCGGCUCGUCAUCAUGCAGGAACAAGUGGAACUACUUCUACUACAGGCAUCGAGCAGCAGGAUAAUUCUCAGCAGACACAGGAUCAGGAGCAACAGCAGCAGUCGCAAGCCGUGAAGACCAAAGCGAUCAAAAAUGCGUACGAGUUGAUCCGGCAGAAGCGGUACAUGCUGGCGGCGACGUUUUUUCUCUUGGCGGACCGCUGGCGCGACGCGGUAGACGUUGUAGUGCGGUACAUGAGCGACUUUGGCCUCGCUUUACUCCUUGCCCGGCUCGCGCCCCUCGACGCUGUGGAGAUCGAUCCGACGAGUGGGUUUGGAGCGGAGGAGAAGAAGCGGGUGGAGGAGGUAAUCAGGGUGGCGGAAGGUGGCGGGGCGAAUUUCGAAGAAGAUGGAGAUGGUAUAAGUGCUGUCUUGUUCCUGAUCCUGCUAUUCCCUGACAAUCUUUUCUACUUGCAUUGUUCUUGGAGACGGUUGAAUGCAUGGGUGUCAUGCCACCUCCUGGAGGAGCAAAAUGAAAUCCAAUACAGAACUACGAUGCAACAAAAAGAAGAAUAACAAAAUAAACUAACAUCAGCCUUCGCUGCCGGCUCCCCGGAACUACCGGUAGCAGUAUCAGCCACUGUAGCUGCUAGCUCCAUGAAGAUUGACCACGACUUCGAGCAGACUGCAACAAUAAAAGUCCCCCCGCUCGUGUACCACGUUGCCAUGGACGAGCUUUUUCCUCUUGCGCAGAGCCGGGGGGACGUCUGGCUUUCUAGUCUAGCGUUGUGGCACGCGGGGAAGUGUGUGGACGCCGCGGCCGUGCUGUCAGGAAGAGCAGGCGUAAGAGCGUCGUCGUCGACCAAAGGAAGUGCGAUUGUUCCGGCUGUCGAGUCGUCGUCCGGCGAUGCACCGGCUUCGGCGCAGUCGGGCGGAACCACGUCAGGAGAGAUGACGAACGCAUCCCCUUUCGCAGCUUCGUCCUUCUCUCCUGACAUGAUCUCCUACAACAACCACGAGAAUUCAUCAUCCCAGCUGCCACCAACGUCCGGGCAAGCGACUUUCCUAGUCGGUCUGCGCCCGGGCGCCCGGGACGAGCUGAUCACCGGCCACUUCCACGAUUUCCUCGUCGAAUUACUGCGAUGCGACAUGAAAAUCGAAUUCUCGGCGCAUAUAGCAGGCGCGGAACAAACGUCGAAUACGUCUACUUCCAGCACUGCUUUAUUUCAAAAUAGUGCAACCACGUCAGCUACACCUACAGGGGUAGCAACCGCCAGCGGAGCGAAGAUUUCCAAGCCGCGUCUCUCUCGCCAAUGGUCGUCCGUUUCGAGCUCCCGGCAGAGUUCGAAAGAACAGUUCUCCUCUGGCGCAGAAGGGACGUCAACCACUAUGGGCAUCGCAGCCGAGGAUGAGAUAUCACAUUACGAUCCAGAACAUCAAGCAAAAGUUGAUGUAGAUCAAGUGAGUAACUCCAUCACAGAACUGGGGCUAACGUACCUCCAGCGCCGGCACCCCGUGCUCGCUUACCUUUCCGGCGAUCGCUCCGUGCCGGUUAUCCGGGCACUCUUACCAUUGUUUCUCGGCAUGGGCAGGAGUUUUGAAGAGUUUACCGAACAGCUUCCGACCCCGCACUUAUCCUACGCCGAGAAGCACCAGCUGUGGGUAACCAGUGCUUCUUCCGGCGGUAGGAAUAACGGCGGCCAGAGGACUACAGAAAUAUCAUCCCGCAAGGGAGGUGGACCGAAAAACAGCAUGAUCAGUGGUCUGAAUGCCGCGAGUGCGGAGAAUUUCGUGCUCGAGACUCUAUCCUUCUGCGUGCGAAACAACGCAACGAGCUUGGCGCCCGGCGUGGACUUUCCGUGCCGCGUGUUGAAAGCGGCGCUCCCCCACUGCGGAUCGUUGAAGUUGCAGACCCUUGUUGCUGCAGUGCUGGCGCUGUACGAACUUACUACCGGCAGCGGAUUGUGGUUGAGUGACUACAAAAACUGCGCGGCGCGAUAUUCGUCUUCCAAGAAAGGUAGUGGCUCAGCAACGGAUCAUGCGCACCGUGGGAAAACAUCUGCAGGAGCAAUUGCGGCUGCCCCUCUGUGGGCCUCUGAUUUCCUGAACAAAGACGUCGAUGGAAAGCAAGUGCUGUUGGGUGACCCGACGGAAAACCUUCUGGAUAGCGAGGAGGAGAGUAGAACAGGAAGUAUGACAACGGAAGAGCUUCACUCGGCGAGAGAGAAGACUACCGACGUCAUGUGGCGCGUUCUUUUGCAAGCAGUGCAGGAAUUGUCUGCGGACGCAGUGCUCGUGCAGGGAACAAGGUCUGGAUCUGUUGGUGGAUCGCAUCCUUCUCCGACGAAUCCUUCCGGGUCGUCUUCAGGCGCUCGUCCUAGGCAGAUACUCCACCCCCCAGCCCCGACUUUCAGUACCGCCGCAUCGCUUUUGCUGCAACACUACGAAGACGAGGACUCUCUGACCAAUACCAGCACUGAAGAUCUUCCUCCUGCUGCUGGCGCUGGUAAUAAAACUGGAAGCACAUCAGCAAGUGCCAAUAUGAGUGGUCCACAGCAUUCGCGACCACACUCCCCUGCUCGUCCGCAGCCGCCAACACCAACGCAGGCCCUACUUCCGGUUUUUCUCACGACAGCAUUGUCCUCUUCCGCCCAGCUUCCUGCCUCCGUCCAAUCCGACCGCCUGGUCCACACGGACGCGGCAACCCGGCACCCAAACAGCCGCAUGCUUGAGUCGCUUGACCACGAUCGCGACGUGGUUCGGGCGAGGUUUGACAAACUUCGUACGGAUUUCCAGGCGGAAUUGCAAGUGUGCAGGGAUAAAGACGCAGGUGGUGGAGCUCUUCGCUUUACUUCUUCCAAGAAAAAACAAUGGGUGGAUAGCUCCUGUGGAGGUCUGCUGUGUCUCACUCCGCUUCAGAAAGUUUUCGUCUUGUCCUUCGCGGUGCAGGUUAGCGAACAGUUGGUGGACCACCUGCUUCAGAAAACGGAAUUCGAAACGCGAAGCGCGCCACCUUAUACAGGGCCGCUGACGGGCAUAGCUACAACAAAUCCGUCUUCCCGUGCGCCAUCCUCGACAUACAACAGCAAACAAUCGAAGUCGACCGCGUCUUCUUCAUCGACUUUCGACUCGCUCCCGCAAACCGGCACCAUGCGGACCUUCCUCCACCUUAUCACAGUGCGUGCGCGGCACUGCGUCGUCGAGGAAUUUUCCAAGUGCCCCCAGGAUUUGAAACUGGCGUUGCUGCACGACGACAUCUUUUCCUUGCAAAUCCCGCAGGAGCUGGCGAGCUUCACCUUUAUGCGUCGGAAAUCGAGAUCGAAGACCGUACCUCUACCAACAGGAGCCAGCAGCGCAACCGCGAUGUUGACGGCGGCCGAGUACGACGCUGCGCGAAGCGGUGGUGCUGCAGCUGCCUCAGGAAUUAGUACUCAGCCGACAUCAACUUUUUUCGGCAGCGUGUUCGGCGGCAUCCUUGCGCCGGUAGUUGUGCCUGAAGCGGUGGACGAUGUUGUAGUAUCCGACGAGCAGACGCCGAAUAGCAGGACUAGCGGGACUAGUACAACUGGGACAGCGCAACAAAGUACCAUCCACCGGAUUCAGCUCACCCCGAUGGAUGAGUUAUUCCGAAUCGCCACCGGAAACAACAUCGCUGCUUUGACCUUGUGGCAAAGGCUUUCCGGGACGUCAUUUCUCCUUUUGCUUGGCACACACCACCCGGCGGUGGUGGCGAUGCGACUUGAUGAGAAGUUUGAAAAAGACUUCGCCUUGAACCCAAACAAUUCCUCGAGCUUUCAUUCGGCAACAUCCGCCGGACCGUCGACCGCAACCGGAGCUACAGCGCUGAGUGGUAGAACUGCUGCAAAUUACAACAACCCCGGGAACUUUUCCCUGGAUCGGAACCUUCUCACGACCGAAAACGAGCGGAACAAGCUGGAGGAAGAAGAAUUCCUGGCCGCUGCAGCGGAACUACAACAGAGCGGACUUCUGGAUGCAACGGGAACAACAGAGACGAGUCUGAGCGGAACAAUCCAAAAGUCCUCUCAGCUGCAGUCUCUCCUCCUGAAAAAAGUUGUCAAUGCCGCCAACUCUUGCGUCGUAGACAACAGCGGGUCGCUACGGGUAAGUUUGUUUUCCGAGACCGACGCUUCGUCCUCGUUUCUAACCGCCGGGAAGAUGGUUAGUGAGGGCGAGAGGUGCCAUUUGUCCAUGUUGAUGCGGAAGCCGUUGCUGGCCACCGACGUGGAACACGAGUGCUGGGACACAGCCAGGGAGAUGCUUCUAGCCGGGUUGAAUUAUCGCGCCCCGUCCUCGUCGUGUUCGUACGACGAGCGCAGCAGCUUCCUGGCCACCACCGCGAGAGGAGCUGCCGGUGUUUCUAUCGCCCCAGCACAACUUCUUCGAGUAUUAAAAAGCGGCGAGAUCAUGUCCAAUUUCAACCCACCGCCAGGAGCAGGGGAGACAGUAUUAAACGGGACGCCGGGGGCUACAACUGCAACUGGACGGGUCGUUGACGGUCCGCAGGACGUUGUCGUGGAUGACCAAUCUGCAGCUACGCCUAGUAGUGCAGCCCGCUCACGGCCCCCGCGGGGAGCUUAUCUGCGGAUGAAAGUGAACAAGAGCAGCCCGCCGAGCAGAGGUCCAGAGGAGGACGAGGUGCUCGAAGGGAAUGAAAACGCAGCUCCGACGUCAUCUUUUUCAGAAAGUAGUAGAAGUAGAACUGCACGUGCACCUGGUGUCCACCAACACGCUCCUCCAUCUUCCGCGAUCCUUGACCAAGCGAUCAAUUUCGAGCAAACUACGGCUGUGAAGAAGCUGAAAACUGUCCCCGAAGUGAUCACAAUGUCGUGCGCGCACAAGACGGAGCCGCUGUACGCCGUCGCCUGCGAUUCGGGGCCGCUGGCAUUCGUGCGCUCGUUUGCGGAGGAAGAAUUGGAAAUCAGUUUGGACACGUCUGCGCUGGUGAAUGCGGGGAGUGGCAGUUUUGGAGCCGGCAGUGCUGCAGUGGCGGCUUCUUCUAGAGCCGGCGGCGUCAACCAGCAAGCAGCGUUUACAUCCCCGGAGAGGCGGCGGGCCGAAGAAGAGAGUGCUGCAGCAACAACGUCGCAAGGUGGACCGCCAAAUGCUGGUGUAAGUGGUGACAACUUGAAGAGGAUAACUUCAACACCAACCCUUAAUGGCUCUUCGUCGUCCAGUGGGGCGGUGGGGGUCGCAGCUGGUGCUGGACCAAUCUCUCUGUCCCCUCCCGCAGACCUAUCCCCAACUACCAGCUACUCGGCAGGUGCUGGUGCUGUAGCGAGCGCAGGCUCGUCGCCCGUGGACACCGGCGGAACGUUGCAGCACGGCAAGAAGACGCAGUCGAUACCUUCUUCAACGGCCUCAACUUAUCAACAAGUGCAAAAAUGUCUGGGUCUGGAAGGUUAGAACUUGUCAUGCUAAAUCUGAAUGAUGCAAAAAUCUGUGUUGCGUGAGUACCAAAAGCUGUCCGCUUUUGACCAAGUUGAGAGGGAGUUUCUCAUGCAGGAAAGGCAUGAUAGAGACCUCAAAAAAUCUGUCAUGCUGGGUCUCGCAUUCCAGACCUCAUGGGUCAUGGAAAACCUGCAUCACAAAUCUUGCAUUCUUGCAGACCCAGACACUUUUACAUUUGAUACAACUACGAAGCAAGCCAACGCCUACGUCGCCACGCAGCGGAUUUCUGUACUGCAGUUCCAGGGCGACAGAAUCGUUGUCGGAACCCGAGGUGCGGUGGAUUCGCCAAACGUGUGUGUUUACCACUAUGGCGCUGGGAUAGAAAGCUUCAGUAAGAGAAGUUCUGCUCGUCCAGAUGUUGACCGACAAAGUGCGAUGCCGUCAGGAGCGGUUGCUAGUACUGAUCCCAGCUCAACAAACAGACACAACAACACAGUGUCCCAACGCCCGUACCUGACCUUCUCGACCGAGUCCGCGCACAGCCAACUUCUCGGUGGGGACUUCUGUUCCGAGCAGUGCCUGGUAACGUGUGGAGCGCCGACGGAGACGACGUACUUUUCCACACCUUUGUCCUCUUCAAGCUCGGCAGCUAUCCAACCGGGCAGCUACAACUACGCAUCCAGUAAAGAGGAGUUCCACAGCUCUUUGGGAGUGUGGGACCUGCGCAUACCGCCAAGAGCCAGGCUCGUGCUCCGAGACAAGAUCUCGCUGCGCGGAAUGUCCAGCACGUCCGCAGACGCAUUGAUCAACACCAGGGUGGCCUGCUUGUGGACGAAAGAUGCGGGGUCAGGAUCUUGUACUGUUUCAUCAUCGAAUAGCAGCGUAGCCCACACCGCUACUGGAGAGAUUAUUCCUUUCGAUCAGCACGGAACAAGUGGGUUUUCGGCGAUUCGAAGGCCGAUGGUACAGCAGGACUUCUCUUCAGACCUGUUUUUCGUGGACCACCAUGCGUCUUCGACCAAUCUGCCCUCGACCGCCUCUCUGAAUUAUGGCACCAACGGGACAACAUCAUCAUCCUCUUCGAACCUUUCCUCCAACGACAAAACGCUUCUAGUCACCUCGCGCAGUGGCCACCUGCGGUGGUUUGACCUGCGCAACCAGAAGUACGUGCACAAGGCGAAAUCUUCGCACAACGGGUCCGCGGUGAAGCAGUUGCUGGUUUUUGAGGACUUGAAAAAUUGCGUGACCAUCGAUCAUAACGGGAACCUGCUUCGUUGGGUCUGCCCCGAUCUGGCGAGGCGUUUCACGGACUGCUUUUGCGUCGAGAAGAAACAGCAACUACACGCGUCGACGAGCUUGUUGGUGCAAAGGACCGCCGUGGUGUCCUCCGCGCAAGUCGUCGGUCCGAGACAUUUCGUGACUACUGGGCUGGAUGGAGCGUUUUACUUGCAUUGCUUCUGA